CGGCGCGGUGCGCAGAUGUGCGGGUUCACGGAAUAUGGGACUCCUCAUCCCAGACCUUCCAGAUGGUACUGCCAGGCCUCCAGCCCGUCCCGGGCGCUAAUCCGGAGUUUGCGCGUGCGCGACUCCGCCUUAGGCCCCUCCCCUACGAUGGAACCCCGCCCUCGCCACACUUUACGGCCCCGCACGCCACUUUUACGGCAGACGCUGCCGCUGUUGCCGCUGCCCCUACUACCGCGGCUGCUGCUGGUGAGCUCCGGUCCCGUCUGCGCUGCCGCAGGGAGGCCGCCCCGGCCCGGCGAGCCGAACCAAUGCUGGACCUGGAGGUGGUGCCUGAGCGCUCUCUGGGGAACGAGCAAUGGGAAUUCACGCUGGUCUCCUCUAAGCCAUGACCUCAUCCUUAACCUGACUCAGGACGGGAUCAAACUACUGUUUGAUGCUUUCAAUCAGAGACUUAAGGUGAUUGAAGUAUAUGACUUGACCAAAGUAAAGUUAAAAUAUUGUGGAGUACAUUUUAACUCUCAGGCCAUAGCUCCCACCAUUGAGCAGAUUGACCAGUCUUUCGGUGCAACCCAUCCUGGAGUGUACAACUCUGCUGAGCAGCUCUUCCACCUCAACUUCAGAGGACUGUCUUUCUCUUUUCAGUUAGACUCGUGGACAGAGGCUCCCAAGUACGAGCCCAAUUUUGCCCAUGGUCUGGCUUCUCUCCAGAUACCCCACGGAGCAACUGUGAAACGAAUGUACAUCUACAGUGGAAACAGCCUUCAGGACACCAAGGCUCCCGUGAUGCCCCUGAGCUGUUUCCUGGGCAAUGUGUAUGCUGAGAGUGUGGACGUUCUUCGAGAUGGAACUGGACCCUCAGGUUUACGACUUCGCCUACUUGCUGCAGGUUGUGGACCUGGCCUGUUAGCAGAUUCCAAGAUGCGGGUAUUUGAACGUUCAGUGUAUUUUGGUGAUUCUUGCCAAGACGUUCUUAGCAUGCUUGGUUCUCCACACAAAGUCUUCUAUAAAUCAGAAGAUAAGAUGAAAAUUCAUUCUCCUUCCCCCCAUAAACAAGUUCCAUCCAAGUGCAAUGACUACUUUUUUAACUACUUCACUCUCGGAGUGGACAUCCUCUUUGACGCGAACACUCACAAAGUGAAGAAGUUUGUCCUUCACACCAAUUAUCCUGGGCAUUAUAAUUUCAAUAUUUAUCACCGUUGUGAGUUCAAGAUCCCAAUAGCCAUAAAGAAAGAAAAUGCAGAUGGUCAGACAGAAACAUGCACAACCUAUAGCAAGUGGGACAACAUCCAGGAGCUCCUGGGUCACCCUGUGGAGAAGCCGGUUGUCCUUCACAGGUCCUCCUCCCCAAACAACACCAACCCAUUUGGCUCCACAUUCUGCUUUGGUCUUCAGCGGAUGAUCUUUGAGGUUAUGCAGAAUAACCACAUUGCCUCGGUGACCCUGUAUGGCCCCCCCAGGCCUGGUGCCCAUCUGAAAACAGCAGAGCUCCCCUAGGGACAUCACCACCUGUGCCCCUCUCCCCCGUGGAACUGUGCGUCACAUCCUCCUCAGCGGGUCUUCAUGUGCCACCUGUGGGUUUUCUUGGACACCUUGCCAGUGUUGAAGGGCUGUUGUGAUGUUCUGAGAUGAGGCUCAGGCUGGGUGCUCUGCCAUGAGAUGAGAGACCCAGGUAUUAGUCUGUCCGUCCUCAGCCUGCUGGUGCCAACAGGGGACACAGACUGCAAAGAGAAGCACAAACUCUGAGCCUUGAUACCUGAACCCAGGAGCUUUUGGCUAACACUUAAGGAGGCAGGGUUCUGUCUCCUCUAUACCACACACAUUGGAAAACUUGGGACCCUGUGGCUGAGAACGCAGGCACCCAGGACGAGGACAUGGUCCUGCAUUUGGCCCAGCAUUGCCACACGACCCUUAAGGCAAGCAGGUAGCACAUCCUUAGGACUUGGUUGCAACUUUUGCACUACAUCCACUUUAGUUACUUGAUGAGCUGGCUGUUGCCAAGGUGGCCCACCUGCCCUUCCUUGUUCCUUUCUUGCACGCGAUCCCUGCCAGGCCCAGUAGGCACACCCAACUGGUUGAAACAGCUUUCUUCCAUCCAGGUACGUGCCCAGGCCUGGUUCCCACCCUUCUUAGAGCCAGCCUUCAACGUUGCCUCUGCCCCGCUAUGCCCCAACCUGGCUGGCAGGGCUGCAUGUUUCCAUCCUUUUUGCCUCUUUUAUUUAAUGCCAAAGUUUUAGCCAAAGACAUCUUUCUCCUUUGUUGUGUUUCAGCAUUCUGUUCUGCACUGUGGGCUGGCUCCCCUGCCCCAAUCCUGGGCAGUGUCCCCUGGCUGGGCCCAUUCAUGGCUCAGGCUUUGGGGACUCAAGGAGGGCUGAGCUGUUCAGCCUCUUCAUGGGUCUUGCUAAGGAAAGUAGCAUAUGUGCUUUAAAAAUAUUAACCUUUUGAAAAGAAUUGAGAAGAGAAAUGUAUAAUUUUAUCCCAUUUUUAAUAUUUUGGUCUAGCAACUUGUGAUACAUAGAUGACAAUUUUGUGAGUUUUUCAAAUGUGUGUACAGAUUUUUGUAAAUAUGACUUUUGUAAUUAACUCAUGUACAGCCUCAUCCUGUAUAGUUUAACGAUGAAUGUGCAGGGGACCUGCCCCAGGUUCCUAUAUGAUUCCUGGGCCUACAUCCAGGCUUGUGUGGCGCUCUUGUGACUUUGUGACUGACUGGUGUCUUCCCAUUUGGACUGUGGCCUGGCCAGAGACACCACCCAACCCCCACUCCACACAUCCCCACUGUUGGGUCAGCCAGGACUGAUCUCAUCCUCCUGGAAUGGGGGAACCUUCCUCAUGUCCUGCCCACACCUCUCCAAUAAAGACCUAUGCCCUCA